GACGAGACAGGACAGACACCAGCAGACUAGACAGCACGACUUCUGAGAACCAUCAUCAAUUAUUGUGAUUGAUCAGACGACCAGCAGCAUCUUCUGGAGUUUGUUGUGUUCAUUUUGUCUUUGACUUUUGUUUUUGAGCAUCCUCCUGUCAAUGGCUGCUGCUUCAUCUACUUUUAUUCCCCUCGUCCUCCUCUUCCUCGCUGUCACUGUGGACUCAAGACCUUCACCUCAACGAGGCAACAAACAGGUCUUACACACUCUGUUUGGCUCUCAUCUUUCAACUCUCAUCUUGGCCAACCCCACCUCUGAUGACAUCACAGAGGGAUCGGCCGGACGCCCCGCCCAGGCUUCCUCAUCUCCCUCUGGAGUAUUGCCUGUGAGCCACGCCCCGGUGAAGCGACUGGUUGACAGGAAGGAGGCAGUUCCUCAGUUCUUCCUUGACUUCCUGCGGCGGCAGGCCAAGAUGCGGAGGCGGAGCCGCAAGUCGAUGGUGGGAGGCAGAGGAUGCUUCGGGAUGAAGAUGGACCGUAUCGGCUCCAUGAGCGGGCUGGGCUGUUAGACGUGCCUGUCAUCAUGGUAACCACGGGGCUAGCUCACUUCUGCUUGACCUUACGUGACCUCUGACCCUCCAAGGAUGAACUUUUCCACUGGGCAGGGAUUUCAUGUUAGAACUUUAUUAACAAAGGACUCAAAGAAAUGUACAGAAACGUACAGAGUCCUACUAAUGACCUGUGACCCCUGGCUUCAGCCAGCAGGACGCUGUGUGUGUGUGUGUGUGUGUG